CAAAAGCCCAACGGGACGUCACUCUUUUGCAUAACAAAAAAACCCCCCAAUGUCAUUUUUUUUUCUUCCCAUCACUCCACAUUCGACGCGCUCAACAUCAGGAACAACAGCCCGUCGCCAUCGCCAUCUCUUUACUAGCGGUCGAGAACUGGAAACACGGCCUGGAGCGCACCUCAGCAAAAAAUGACUGACAAUCCUUAUCCCGUUGGAACAACAGUCUUCGCCAAAUUGAAGGGCUACCCUUGGUGGCCAGCACGCAUUGAAAGCGACGAAGACUUGCCACUCAACGUCAGCAGCAAGAAGCCUAAGCAGAGACCUAUCUGGCCUGUAUUCUUCUUUGGUUCUUAUGACUACGGCUGGUUUGGCACAUCGGAACUCAAGUCGUUUGAUCCUGUCUCAGCCGAAAAAGCAAAAUCGGCGCUAAAGAAAGGGAGUGGUUUGAGAACAGCCCUCAGUGAGGCACUAGACCCAAGCCUAAUCGCACAAAGACCGGGAUCCAAUGCGGAGCUGGACCAAUACAAUGACGAUGAUGAAUACGACCAGGAAUCGGUCACUCCUGUGAAGAAAAAGGCAUCCAAGGUCAAAGCGGCGCAGAAGGUUGAGACAUCGGCGGCUGAGAAGAAAAGACGACCAAGCUCAACGGAGGAUCAGGCAGCAAAGAGAAAGGUGUCCAAGAAAACCUCAAUUGACGAAGACCAUGGCGAACUUGACUCGCCCAAGAAACGUGCCGGUCCCGCUAGCCGCAUUCGUCUCGAAUCAGAUUUUAAGAGCGUAGACGAUGAUAUCAGUAUUGGCGACCCAAGUAACGGGCGCUCAAAGAAAUCGGAGGAUGACGCCGCAGACUCUGAUCUUCGCGCCAAGAAGAGGAUGCGUAGUGGUCAGCCUAGUGAAAGACUGCUGAAGUUGCGACACAAGCUGCAAAAACUCCUUCUAGUCGAGGGACUCUCUGACGAGGUGCUAAUUCAGAAUCUGGACCGUGCAGAUCCUAUCAUGGCGGAGGUGGAGGCAUUUGAUAUUGAUUUACAAAUGCUCAAGGACACGAAGGUCGGACGCUUAAUGAAGAAGAUCUCAGUGCUUCAGUUCAGUGAGGACCGGCACGGUAUUGUUGAGCGAUCCGUGAAAUUGAUCAAGCAGUACAAGGGUAUGAUGGAGAGGGCACAGGAAAAUGGCGAGGCAGUAAGCCCCAGGGUAGAAAAGACGACAGAAACAUCAACGCUCGCAAUGGAAUCGACCAUCAUUUCGACCGUUGUGCAGCCAACUCCCAUGGAAAUUGAUACGGAAAUAACAACUCUCGAGUCGGUCCAAAGUGAAACACGAGAAGUACAAGUGGAUACAUUGGCGAGUUCGAACAACGAUGUAACAGAUACUUCGGCGCCCGCGCCAGAGGCUGUAGUGGCAGCUGUGGCAGCUAUCGUGGAAACAGGCGCUUUCAGCGUUGCCCGCUCAUCAGAAUCUGUUGAACCGCAGGAGAAUGGUAAAUCGACAGAGCCGGAUUCAACUAUUGUAUGAAUAGGCAUCACAACAGACUGCAUGCCGACCGUGCCUAAUUUCAAAGGCGUAUUGUAAAUUCAUUUUUGAAGGACGUAGGGCGUGAAAUAAAGAGAAACGAUCGUAC